AUCUAUACAUCGCACCAGCCAGCAUAGGGGCCCCGUUGCACUUCGGGAAACGAAACAUGUACGUACGUCGUACAACGGGCAGAAAGCGUUAAAGUGCCGAGUGUCGGUUGAUCUGUGAUCGGCCGCCGCCGCGUUUUCCGCAGUGGCCACAAAGUCGUGGUCGCACGGGAGCAAGUGCGCGUUACAAGAAGUUCACUGGCUAGCCAAAGCCGAAGUCGAGCCGAACGGAGCCGAGCCAAGCAAACCAAGACGUCCUUCCUCCUGGGACGCUCGCCAAUUUCCACGGGAGCGUCGUAGCAAGAACCGGAACGGAUUACGCUAUUUAACCGUCUGCCAGUCUUCACAUUACGGUAUCCAGGAUACAAUGCUCACCGUGCUAGGCCACUGCCACAGCAAGAGCCUACUUCAGAGUUGGUUUCCCGCGAAUACGCACCUAGCCCCCCCGCUCGUCUCCAUCAUCCCGAUGGACAUUCUUGUUACGUCGUCUACAGGGCUUACUUUUCUACACUAGGUGUACCAACAGUUUUCUGUGCUGCACCUAUUAUUGGUUACUCCAUGCUUUGUACAUCCUGGUGGUACCCAAGCACGUAUGGAAUAAGACUUUCUUAAUGCGUUUGGAGUGUAUACAGUGAGAGUGAAGGAAUGCUGAAAGGAAUCAACGGGACAAUUUUCUAAAUAGUAAUUUUGCGAUUUUGCUUCCAUAGAUAACUCUUGGAAAUGCUGCGUUGAGCUAUUCAGUUUGAGGCUUCAGCCACUUUGGAUGUAUGUUCUAAGGAUCUGAGACGGCAGUCUACUGUGCGUUUAAAAAGAACAAUAUAGCUUGUAGACUCUCGUAGUUUGAUGGUAGCACUAAGCAAAAAUUGUGCUGAGUUAAAAGUAAAAAAGCUGAAUUACAUACAUAAUGAUUAAAGUCAUAUUUAAAAAAUAUUAAUUAUAUCUCACAUUUCACGAAGAACUUUAAUGUCUUUGGUUUAAACGUGGAACCAUUGAAUUCAAUAUCUUUCAAGAUAUUUUUUCUGGUUUUUAGUAGUGGUACUAAUAGGCACGCAAUUUACAUCUUUUGAUUUUAAUAGAAUACUAUAUAUAGAGUUACUUUGUUACUACAAUACGAUGCCUAUGCAAAUAAUGUUUUAAAUGCUUACUGAUAUAUCUAAGAUUUUGCGACAUACCGUUACUACAAGAAUAGUUUUAUGAAUAAACGUGGCUAAGAACCUAGUCAAGAUGUGCGAACAGACAGAAAUUAAUUAUUUGGAUGGCGAUGUGGUAUGGGUGAAACUGGGAGCUUGUUGGUGGCCUGGACAGGUCACUGGCCUUCACAAUUUGCCUGAAGACAUUCAAAUAGAAUUUCAAAAAAAACCAUUGAUUGCUGCUGUAAAAUUCUUUCAAGAAGAUACAUAUGAGUUUGUCAAGAACUAUCAGCAAAUCUACAAGUAUAACUGCACACAGAAGGAAGAUUUCAUCAAAAAAGGCUUAGAUAAAUUCAGGACUAAAAGCAGAGAUGGUGCUAGUUAUAUGGAUAAGUUUCCUGGCGAUAUUGAAAUGGCUGAAAAACUGACCGGCGGAGAUCCGGAUAUCCUGACAAGUGAAAAGUUCAGCCCUGAAGAAAAACCAGAUAUUUCUGGGCUCUUUGGCGAGAAGAAGAUACCCAAGAAAAAACGUGAUCGUUAUGAAGCUCACAGACGUAGCGAUGGCAGUGAGAUGCUGCGAAAAAUCACGCAUCCAAGGUUCCUAAGGGAAAGUGACCACGAGGUGAGAAUCCGUCAUCAACCCAGCAGUCUGCCAUCGACUCCAAAUAACAGCACAUCAUCACCGCAAUAUCCUUGUCACCUAUGCAGCUUUACUUCCUCCCGCGUGAAUGUUAUUAUUUGCCACAUCAAAAGUCACAAUUCUGGAGGUUCCCCAGCUGUAGCACGUUCGAAGGUAAAGACUUAUUCUCCAACAAAGACUAAAGAAGCUGACACCGAUACGCCGAAAAGGAAGUAUGUUAGGAAGGACAAGGGUAGUUCGCACAAAAGUCGCAGCGAAGGAAGCGCUGAGUCGGGCAAAAGGAAACUCGCAAAACAAGUCGAAAAAGCCAGUAAGAAGAAAAAGAAGACAGAUCCUGAAAUUCGUGAGAAAUUGUUGGCUGAUUGGAACGACAGCUCGGACGAAGACAUGAGUAUGGACUUAAACAAGUCUAUGGAAUCUGGCACUGUGGACAGUUCACCCAUGAAGUCUCAAAUGGAUACGACUAGCCCUGGCGAUGACAAACAGAAAAAUGAAAACGAUGAUAUUAUCCAGGAAUCCGAAAAAUUGCUCAAUGAGACUGAAAAGUUGACAGCCAUCGAAGUACUAGAAGAUACUAUUGGAGUCCGCAGUCGAAAUUCGAACAACAAGAUUCUUGAUGAUUCCGGAAAGAACAAGUCGAAUAUGGAAAAGGACAAGGAUACGAAGAAGGAUCAGAAACCAUUCUCAGGACAGAAAAAUAAAAAGCCCGAAUUGCAGAAAGACGGUAAGAAGCUUAUGGAGAAGGAUGACAAAAAGUCAAGAUUAUCCUGUUUUGAUUUCGAUGAAGAAGAUGUUCCCGAAGCUACAAUACCGCCGGUAAGAAAAAUUCACCGAGUUUUCGGUGAGAAAAGUUUGUCCCUAAAGAAGGAGAUCAUAAAAGAGUUCGAAAUGAGUCAAGCCUUAAAGGAAGAGCAAGAAAAAGACCUCAGCAACGACAAAAAUACAGAAACAAAAGAUACAGUCAAGAAGAACGACAUUGUCACAAAAUCCGGAACUCAGGAAACGCCUGAAGAACACGAAAAUAAAGAUAAUAAGAUGGACGAUGAUAUGGACGAGGAAACCAAUAAGCUAGAAACUGAGGAAGGUAUAAGCGUAUUAAAAAAACAAUCGAAGGAAGAUAAAGCAUCGUCGAAGAACGAGCGAGAAAAGGUAAAUUCAAAUGCCUGCGAAACUCAGGUUGAGAUAGUUGAGAUUUUCGAAGUGGAACGUGAAGAGGAAGCCGACGACGAACGCGCUGCGAUUGCCAAUAAAAAUUUUAACAAAGCACUGAUAUCUAACAUCAUUACGGGUGUCAAACAUAUUGAUAAAGAAUACACUAAAACCGAUGAUGAGGCCUUAACUUCUGCGAAGAAUGAGGAGACGAUUGAAAAAAAGGAUAUCACCUCAGAGAAAAUAGAAAUGGAAAAUGAGGUUGUUUCGGAGACGAUGGAGUCCAGCAAGUUGGAGGCACUUCCUGAGAAAAUGGAAGUAGACACGGAAGAUGAAACUGUGUCUGAAUCAGCCGAUACUGCGCCUCCUCACAGUGAGACUUCAGAUACUGAUAUGACUCCGCUUGGUUUGAACCAGUCUGAUGACACGGACAUGGAUAACGAGUCUAUCUUGGGAAAUUUAAAAAAAGUUGAAAAGUCGCCAGUAGAAAAACCAGUCGCUGCUCAUAAAAGUGUCAAGAAACGUCGUGGGCGCCCUAGAAGGAGUCUCGUUUCUGAGAAAACUUCUACUGAAACAAGUGUAAGCAGCGUUGAUGAUAGUUCAUCAAAAUCAAGUAACAAAUCACCAGAAAGAAAACUGGGAACUAAGAUGAUUAUCGAAAAAGACAAGAACAGUAAGACUACUGAGUCCGAUUCUGAACGUUCAUUGAGUGGAAGAAGGAGAAAACCGAACAGGAAAUAUUCAUAUGAUAUCUAUCUUCAGAAUAGUGACGCGUCAGCAUCGAAAACUGACGAUAGUCAAUCGGAACUAGAUGACAAAUUAUUAACAGACGAGGAAAAUGGUGAGAGAAUUGAGCGUAGACCUGCUAGAAGUAGAAAGUCGUCCAGAUUCGGUAAGAGGACCAUCGAGACUGUUAUUCAGAUGGAUCAGCAGGAAAUUGAAUUAUCUGAUUCUCUUGAUAGAACUGCCGAUGUUGUAGAGGAAAGUAUGGGUGGCAAUAGAGCAGAGAAAUCAGAACAGAAAGCUGGUAGAAAUAAAGCAUCGACAAUGAAGAAAUCUGACGAGAUGAAAUCUUCAGUAGGAUCUACAAUCGAACUGAUCAAAUCCGACGAAAAAUUAAACGACGAUCGACCAUCCAUGGAUAAAGUUCUAAAGACAAUAGGUAUACCAACAGUACUUUCAGAACAUUCCUCUGAGAGUACUCGAUUGACAAAAGUUUCAGAGACAAAAUGGAAGAUCGAUGAGAGGCAAGGAGAAAUAAUAGAGCAAACUGAUGACUUUGAGGACGAAGAUAGAAUUAAGGAUGAUGACGAUAGAACGCCAUCGAUACAGGAACAAGUUGCGAAUUUAAUUAAAGAAGCUGAAGGAAACCAGGUGCUUGAAGUUCCGAAAACUGAAGUGGAGAAGCUCCCGCCUAAAAAAUCACAAAUCAAAAAGUUUGAGUUGGCGCAAAAUGAUUUUUUUGAGGGCGACGCCUCCGUAGACAAGAAUGUUAUACAACCAGAGCCAGAGAACAGGAUUGACAAAACUAACGACAUGGAGAUUGAGAUUACGAGAGUUGACACAGAUAAAGAGUCUACUGAGAUAUUUAGCGGACCAGUAAUCGAAGAGCAAGUAAUUUCAACUGAAGACACAGAAAUCUUGGAGGAAAAAAUUGAGACUGUUGAACUAAUGCAAGAGACUGUAAUAGAGGAGGUACCUAUUGAGCAGGCGGACAUGACUAUAGAAAGAGAGUUUUUUGCAGAGAAGGAAAAAGGUGCUGAAUUACAAGAAAAUGUAGACACACAAUUGAAACUUGAAGGACCGAAAAAAAUAUUACCAAAAACUGAGAUGGAAAUUGAGCUCGUUUCAAAAUCUGAAACUGUGAAAACUCCAGAACCAGCUGCAAAAAGGCCCUCCAUGCAGACAAGAUACAAAGGCAAAUUUACUCCUGAAACUGGAUCAAAACCCAAGAAAGACAAAGAUUCACAUGGCGAAGAGAAACCAGUUAACACUUUCCAGGAGGCAUUCCUGAAGACGUUGCAGAUGGACAAACGUGACAAUAAAGUAGUGAUAGAUGACAUCGAGAUCACCGUUGGUAGAGGAAAGGUCAAGAAACCUGGAAAGAAAAAGGCCGACGAGAUGGAUAAUGUGAACAUCGUACCUGUUACGCAAACUGUUGGCCCAAUUAAGAAAGCAGAGAAAGUGGCUGCUAAUAUAGAGAGUGCUGAAGAUACUAGCAAGCUUCACGAACAAACUAAUGUCUCUGGAGUGGGAGAGUUCCAAGGUGUUGAAGUUGUUGUUGAAGAAAACAUUGAAAUUGAAGCAAAGACAGAUGAACCUACUUUAACAGUAUCUGCAAAACUUCCCACUCCUCCGGAAGUUCCUGUCUCUAAGCGUGAAGUUCAACCAGGUAAUAUAGAGGAGAUUACAAAAUCAUUGACUCUAGAAGUACAGAAGAUGGACGACUCGUCAAGAUUGUCUUCUGUGUCGACACCUUCACCUACAUCCGAUGUCGGGAUGCCAGUAAAGAAACGCGAGAAGCCAAGAAUCAUCGAAAACGUCACACUGAAAGAGCCAAUGAUCUUGAAGACAAAACUGCUGGAGAAAUUGCCAGCUAAAGGCCAGAAACACAAGCUGGAAUUGGAUGUCUCAAAACGAGGCGAUACAAAGAGCAGCCCACGAGCAAAGAUUAUGAAGCUUGAACCUUUGUCUCCAAACAGUAAGGGAAGGCAAGUGAAAAUUCCGACUUCGCAUCUUUCACUUACUAAAAAGCUUCAAGCUUUAAAAGCAGAGGAGGCUGCUACCACAGCUAUGGAAACGCAGAAAGAAAAAUUAAUUUCCCAGGCAUCUCAAGGUAUGGCAUCUGUACCAAGUGAGAAAUUCAUUCAGCAGAGUUCACAAAGUCUAGCAGACAUGGAAUUAGAUAUCAAUUCGAUGCCUUUCGUCUUGAGUGAAGACGUUUUAACUCCUGAGAAUCUUGAGCAGAUGCCAGUUGUAAUAUCCUCAAUUAUUCCAUCUUCUAGCACGAUAGCUACAAAUACUAUUUCAUUGACACCAACAACUCAAAUUGUCGCUCCCAAUCAAACACAAUUUAAGUCAAACGAAAUUGAAAGUACACCGAAAAAGAAAAGUGGCACACCAACUAUCUUAAAGAAUAAGGCUAAAGCUAAGCCUACCAUUACAAAUAUUAAGACCUUGGUGCCUCCACUUACUGGUGGAGUAAAGGGUUUAAAAUUUCAAAACACUCAACCUGGCAAGGCUGCGGCGCCUCUGAUAUCUCAGAAAAGUGCACCAGGGAAAUAUGUGAUCGUGCAGACUGCUGGAGGGAAACAGAUCCGCUACAGUGUCCAGGGAAAACCAGGAAGUCAACAGAAGAUUGCUAUUCCUUCUAGUAAAGGUGCUGGAAGCGCGCAAAUAGUUCAGCAAGGUGGAAAGGUGGUGAUUUUGACGUCAGCCCAAUCAGGUCAAACAAAGAUGUUACCUUUAAAUAUCUCUAAGAACCUCGGUGGCAAAGUACAAAGAAUUAUGACCAGCAAAGGCACAAUAUAUUCUCCAAUCUCUUCGCAAGGCAUCAUGACCUCAAAAACUGUCAUUGCUCCGAAAACUGAAGCGGGUACAGCAACAACAUCCAAAUUGGCUGGACAGAGUCAGAAAAUUAUUAACACCCAAGGUAUAAUAACAUCGAAAGGAGUAUUGACCCCAAUUUCAGGUACUAUAUCAAAGUCAGCUUUGUUGGGUACCUUAUCGCAAGGAAUUCUUACCAAGGGAGGAAUAUAUACCCCUAUAAGUGCAUCGUCAUUGGCAGGAAAAACAAUUAUUGGUUCUAAGGCGUUAGUUACAAAAGGUCCAACAUAUUUGUCACCAUUGACUUCCCAAAGUCUAGGUGGAACAAAAACUAUUCUAGGUCCAAUGACACAGACCAUUGCUGGAAAGACUAUCCUUAGUAGUCAAGGUAUCGUCACCUCAAAGGGUACAGUGCUCACACCAAUUACUGCACAACAAGUAAAAGCCAUUGCAGCGAAGACUCCUGCAAAGGGAGGUAAAGUUCAAUAUUCAACAGUCCCGCAAAAGAUGCAAGUACCAUUACUACAAAAAUGUCAGAAGAUUCCGAUUUCAUCAUCAUCGUCCCAAAUGAGAGUUGCAGGAUCAAUAAAAUCACCAGGAAGUACUAUAGUUCUCCAAAACACAGUAUCAGGACAGAAGACUUUACUUCAUGGAAAGAAGUUAGUGAAGCAAACAGUUGGACAAGGAAUGCCCGUACCAGCCUUAUCUUCCCAGAGUCCAGGACAGCAAACGCAGCAUAUGCAACUUCAAACUAAAGGAAAGGUCAUCCCAGGAUCAUCAACAGUACAAAAGGUCGUCAUGCCUAGAGGAAGUGGACGACAGUCGAAGAAUCAAAAGAUUGUCGUCCAAAAGUUGCACGAAUCGCCAGUAGCAGUGCAGAAUCUCCAACAAAAGCAAACUAGCACUGUUGCAAGUAUACCUCCGGUUACAAAAUCCGUUGCUCAACAAAAGCAUUCCGCCGGAAGUGUCGUAACACCUAAAGCUGCUACGAAGAAUUACACAGCAUCCGCAAAGAAUGCUCAACCAAAGAACUUGCUGAACGUUGCCCUGAACUCCAUAAACGUAACCACUCCAUCAAGUGCGACUAUCUCGACGCCAUUGUCACUUCCACCUUUGGAACCAACAGAACCAGAGAAGAAGACAAAAGUCGAGGAAGUUCCUGAAAUCCGGAAGGAGGAACCAGGACUACAAUCCGUAGCUUCUGCGAUGGAGCAAACGACUGAAAUACCCAUGGAUAAAAUAGAAGAACCCAAGGUGGCUGCUGCUCAACCGCAGAUCAUGGCUUUACCAACGGAGAGUGGAGAUGGUACCCAGACUUACGUGCUGGUCACAAUAGAUGAGCAGGGUCAGAUUCAGCCAUUGGAUAACAACGCUUUGAUGUCUUUGGAAGGAACAACCCAAAAUCCGGACGGAACUAGAACUCUGUAUAUUGAUCCAAGUUCUCUAGGUGAAGCUGGAGCUCUGGACAAUAUAGUUCUGCAGUUCGAUAACGGCUGCAUGCCUAACCUGCAGACCAGUACCGCAGAAUCCAACCAGACAAUGGUAUCAGAGAGUUUCCCAUCGUCAGAGAUCAUACAGACGUCGAACCAGGAUAUCCUAGCAGCCGCUCUAGCAAAUACAGACUUCCAGCAGGAAAUUGGCUUGCCUGAAAAUUCUUCUGGAACUGUAAUGAGCUCUGGUCUCACUCAAACCAGUCUUAUCAAUCAGACCAUUUUGCAAUCCACGAUAAUACCCCCAACAGAACCGAUAUCUUCGCCUUCGGUUCUGGAAACUUCCUUGACCCUGAACCAACCGAUUAUGACACCACUGGAAGUGCCCAGCAAUUUGUCCAUCCAGUCGGAAAGCACUCCAGCUUCAGAUGUUUCCACAAUACCUUCAUCACUCGAGUUACCUAUUACGAUUACUAAUCCAAGUAUUUCGUACAUCUCUGCUGGAGACACGCAAAUCCAAAUACCUGGAAACUCUAUGCCAGAUAUUGGUGAAAUCAUGGAGAGUUCAGCGACAGAUAUGACGCGUACAGUCAGUACUCAAUAUUUAGUAAUUCCGAAUUUGGAUGAGAAUGUAACGAUUGAAGCCCAAGGUAUCCAGAGUGGAGCAGAAUCUGUUCCGUCUGUUUCUUAUUCCGUUUCGAUACCUGAGCACAUAGUCCUGGACACAACACAAGUACAGACAACGCCAUCAAUGCCAAUAAUAGACGACAGUUAUUCAGAGGACGCACAGUUUACAGCAACAAUGGAUACCUCAAUGGCCAGUGAACAAAGUUUCGCCGAUGUGUCUGUUUCGGAAAUGCUUGUCUCGAAGGCUUCUACAAUUUCCACUGAGAACGUACCACCACAAGACAUAACAGCCACUUCUAAAAUAGCUACUACACCUCAAGAAGUACCAGCAACUUCACAGGAGCCAAGUGUAGAAACUGAGACGUCAGCUGCUUCUACUGCAAGUGUUAUCCAAGCUGCGACUUCAGAAGAGGUUGAGAUGACUAGCGAAGACCUGAUGAUGCAGCAUCCUACAGUAUCGACACAAGAAGACUCAGUAAUACAUCAUGACAUACCAAUGGUUUCGCAGGAAGAAAUCAACCAAGAAGUAAUAAGCAAGGCGGAACCCUUAACAGGUAUACAAGAUAUGUCAAUUGAUCAACAUACAAGUGAAGUGAUCACUAGCAGCAUGCCUGUAAUAGAUGAAAAUUGUUCAGUGAGUUCAGAAUCAAACAUUAAGGUCCAGUCUACAAUGAGCCUUGAGGUCGCAGAUUCAGCUGAAAUACCAUCAGGCACAUCCCAGGAUAAAGAAACCAGCAACAAAUUGGAGCAACUGAUAGAGCCCACUCCAGCCACCUCUCAGGCACCUAGUUCAGUCGAGGAUCAGGCAGCAGCUUCACGCCAGGAAGAGGAAAAUCUAGUACCUACUCAAGCUUUGCCUUCAGACACAUUGGGUAGUGCCCAAGAAGGCAUUGUGGAAGUGAAAACAGCUGAACCGACCGAAAUGUGCGUGGAGUCUAAAGCUGGGCCAAUGGAGGUAUCUCAAGUCGACGAACCAUCGUCUCACGGUGAGACGAAACAACUGCCUAUCGACGAUAAUGUAGAGAUGCAUUUUGAGAAAGCCAUUGCUGAGACUAGUCAAGAAACACCGUCUCAGUCGUAUGAACAAUUCGACGUAGCAAUGGCUAACGAUUCCAUCGAGGUUCCCAGUCAAUCUGCUAAUAAGCUGGAGAAUUCGAGAGAACCUUCGCAGUCUGAAGGUUACCCGUCUAUGGAAACGGAUGAAGCACCAGGUUCAGGGGAGCCACCGACGCAGUCCUUUGAAGAUGCCAAGCAGAGUGAAGCUUCUCAGUCUUAUGAAGCAUCGACCGAAGAGCAGACCAACGCACCUACACAGUCGUACAACGAAAUCAUGCAGAGCCAAGAUGACAGAAACUCCGUCGACGGUACCGUCGACGAUCAAAGUUUCCCGACCCAGAGCUACGAGGUGGAGAAAAUUGAGAGUGUCUCAGAGAACAUGGAGACAGACGGAGAGAUCAGCCAGGAAGGAAACGUGCCUUCCCAAUCGAAUGACAUUGGUACUGAUGGUAUUGGUACCUCUUCGGUCUCUACCAAUAACUCUGGCGUGAACGAAGAUGAAACAGCAAGUUCAUCUUACGUUCCGGAAACGCCAGAGAACCAGGAACGCGAUCAGGAUCAGGAGAGUGCAAUAAGUACGUCGUCCUAUGAGAUUCCGCCUUGCGAGGAAUUAAAUAUUGCCUCGUCAAGCGUGAUACCGGAUACGUCAGUAGGAGGAGAACAUACAAGUAUUCAUGACAACGGUGUGCCGGAAAUCCCAACAUCGUCCUACAACCUAAAUCCGGACAGCAGCUCAACGCACAUAGACGCUGUACCAACAUCCAGCUACGAGGAUCAGGUGAUCUUGGAGCAGAACGUCUCAACUUCCUACGAGGUUCCCAUCUCGAUGCCAGGACUGGAGGAGACGUCAUCGCAGAACUUCGUCACGGAGAGCUCAGACGACAGGAACGAGCCGUCGAGUUACUAUCCUCAUCACCAAGAGGUAACGGCUAGUUAUUACGAGUCCGUUCACCAAGAGUCAAAUUCUAGACUGGAAGGUGAUGAUCCCCAGGAAGAGGUGACCCCAAGUUACUACGAGUCUACUCCACGCGAUAUAACCUCUGAGGCCAGUCAAAGUUACUUUAAUCCUGAGGAAGCUACUCCAAGUUAUUCCAGCCAGAGCAUAACUCCCAGUUACUACGAUCCCAGACCGGAAACGGAAGCAAGUCAGAGUUAUUACUCGUCGCAGGAUCUGGAAAGGACGGAGAGAUCGUCGCAGAACGUGGAGGCCUCGCAGAGCUUUUACCAGGAAGCAGCCGAUGAGCUGAGAUUAAGACAGCAGGGUGAAGCUACGCCGACUUACUCAGCACGGUAUCCGGUCGACUACACCCUGGCCAACUCCCCGAUCGAGAGGCAUGACCUGGUGGAGAGCUCGGUGCCUGCUACCAAGCCUGCAGAAAGGUAAUAUAUCAUUUGAACAGGUCAGGGUUAAAGAGAAGAUUUCGAACGCCGUUAAGAAGAGUUGUUCGUCAUUCAGUUUUUUUUUUUCGUUACAAAAUGGACUAUCCCACGAGAUAGGAAAUGAUAAAUGGACGCACUAAGUCUAUUUUCAAGUGUAAAUACAAGUAUAAGUAAGUAAGUGGUUAGAUAUAAGGCUAAUAAUAGAUUCUUAUUAUAAUUUAUAUCUAGAUAUAUCGAAUGCGGAUCUAAUCCGUGGUUAGAAACGCGAUAUAUUAUAUACAUACAACAACAAAAAAAAACAUUGUAGAUUAUGAAGGAAUGUGGUUUCGUUGCGGUACAGUAAAUGACUUUUCUUUUUUUUCAAUUGCUCUUUUUUUUAAAUUACAUUACGAUUGUAUGAUCGUUUACUAUGUGGUUUUUAAGACUGGGUGCAAGUUGAUGGUUAUUACAUUAAGGAGAACAUAUUACUUUAAUAUCCUUGUUUGAACCCUCAUGUGCGUUACACGAUUUCUCACUAACUAAUAUCGGACAACUUCACAACCCUGUGUCAAAGUCAUUAGAGUAGUAGUAAGAUUUGCGGAACGCGAUUUUUAAAUCGUGAAUCUUUUAAAUGAAGAAGAAAGAAAAGAAAUUUAAAGAAAGUGCACUUUGGGAUGUUGCGUAACAUAAUCUAAAGUCGUAGAGCGAUAGACAGUUUAUGACUGGGGGGGAGGGGUCUCAUUUCUAUUAAAAUCCAUAAGGGAUUGACCCCCUAAGUUGAAAGAAAAUAUAACCACGUACGGUCGCGCUACGAUCUUUUCCGGGUAUUGUGAAGACACUUCGAAAGAUUUUCAGAAUAUUUUUACACCGUCGCGAAUCUUUAAGGAGAAUCGAAACUAAAAAUUUACGUGGCAAACACGCCGUUUAAUUUUACUGCUACUCUAAGAUCUGAAGUUGUAGCGAAUCGAUUCUUCGUUUUCUUCUGACUUUUGGAUUCUUUGAUAAAGUAACCUCUCGAGCGAUAAAGUAGACCCUUCGAACAGCACAAUUGUAUAUUUGUCGAAUUUGUUCGAAAUGCGUUCAACGAAAGCAAAAACAAGAAAAAAUUUACGAUUUAAAAAAAAAACGAUUUACGAUUUAAAAAAACGAAGAAUUCGAAGCUACCGAUUGAAGACUUAUUUGUGCAGAUAAUUUGCACGGUUCUUCCUCCGCUCGAGUACUCUUGUAAUACGUCAUUGCGAAUUCAAGACUUUCUAGCCAAUAAUUAAUCAAUAGUGUGUUUUAUUAUUCGGCUUAGACAAUUCAAUGGUGAAAGGAGAGAACGAAAGAUGAUAGAUAAUAAUAAAGAAAAUGUUCGAAACGCGUUCCAAGUAUCGAGCGGAUCGGGCAUCGUGCACGUUACGCUUAGCAUUUAGUUUGUAGAAAAUAGCUUAUAAACGAUUAUGAAAAAAAAAAAUAAAAUAAAAUAAAGAAGCCUAUUAUUUGACGUAUGCCACUGUGUAAUCUGUGUGUUACGAGAUAACAUAAGAAGAAGACGAAAGGUUUUCGUAGAUUCUAGGAAAUGACGUCCCGUUUGAGAUAAACAGAGCUCGAGAAACACUACGUAGUCCAUUAAAUAAUAAAAAGAUGUUGCUCAACCUUUUCGAAUCUUCGAAUCAAUCGCAUGGAACGAUUAAAUCAUUCGUAUCUUUCAGUAUUAAAUAAACGGUAAAUAGGAUUUCUUUGACGUGACAUUUUCUUUAUCGAUGUCACGCACGUAAAAAGGCAUUCAUUUUCUUCUUCUUUUUUCUUUUUCACGCGAACGUUGGCCUUUCCCGCACUUACACCUCAAACGCGACAGAUUUCCUACGAUCUUCUGAUAAUAAUUAUAUUCUUUAUAGUCUCAUGUUAUUCAGAAUAAAUAUAUGUUUUUAUUUCUCGUGGCGUUUUUAAUCAUGGUCACGCUUGUACAUAUUAUGUUGAUAAUGUAAUCGGGGACAAAACAAAAGUUAAUUAUAAAUUGCUACAAUUCGUCUUUUAAUUAGAGCCAGAAGCAUUGUAAGAAUAUUAUGCAAAUUCGAUUGCUAUCCCCUCCUCCUUUUUCUCCCUGCCCCUACCGCCCCCAUCGAGGCAUUUUAUAAAGGCGAAGAACUGAAAUCGUUAAUGUUUCCUUAUAAUCAUUCUUUAAAUUCCUUUUUUGUUUUAUAUAUAUAAAUAUAUAUACACACACAUUUUGCAUGUAAGAGAGUGAAAAAGGCAUCAAGCGUAUCUAUGGGAAAAACAGAAUACAUAAUUAUAUUAUUGUCGGAGAAAGAGUUGCUGCUUUUUUUUCUUUCUUUUUUUCUUCUUAUUAUUAUACUUCUUGUUCUUGGUCUAUCGCGAAGUGAAUAUAGCCUUUUCUUUAUUUCUGAAAGCUGACUAACGAAUGACGGGGUAGAUUCAAGCGAUAGAUGAAUAAUGUAGUGCUACCAUGAAUUGUAUCAACGUUAAUUUGAUAUUUUCAACGCUAACAAUUAAUAUUUUUUAAUUACUACAGUGUGCACCACAUACACGAUUGUAACUAUGAAGUAAAUAAAUAUACGAAUAUUUACAUAACAGA